CAACGCCAGCGCAAGCGACAGUGACGACGCCAGCAGCGCUACAUCGACAUCGACAUCGAGUCCGACGAAGCCGAAAAGGAAGUCUUGAGCUACAUUCGGUUGUGCGCCGUCGUGCGGUACGGACGUCAAUUACGGUUCGCUUGUGGUGUUCUUCACAAGUGCCAUACAGAAAAGCAAAUUACAUAAUUUGUAGAAACAAACCCAAAAAACAACAACAAAUGUCUCACUAUUUCAGAAUUUACUUGUAGUUUUUGCAGUCAUAAACAAAUAAAAGCAAAAGAGGAUUAAAAAAACUAGCAAAAGUUUCAAGCACGUCGCGCCAACUUUUGUUUAUUAAAAUUUUUAGUUUGCAUUAUUUUUCAAAUACUUUUAAAAUUUCAUUUGGCGUUGACAUUAAAUUUUCCAAGUGAAAAUAUUCACGCACACAAUCAACCGACCGCAUACAGACGGCGAAAAGCAAAAUGGGGUCUCAAGUACCCCAAAGUGGGACGUCCGCGAGGAUUGCCUCGAUGAUUUUCAAAGUGGUGGCCGUGCUGCUGAUAUUGCAUGCCACAUGUGUCACCUACCAUACCGCAACGGCUAAGCAACUAAGCAACGCCGACUUCACCAUAGAUGACACCUUCGACAUUGAUCAGUUUGAUGAAGCACCCGUCGCCAACCCAAAUGUCUUAUUGACGCGCAACACGCGCGAUCUCGACACACAAUCCAUGUUGGAGGACGAAUUGCAACCAGUCGCGGCCGAGGAGGAUGCUGAGGCUAACAGCAGCUGGCUACUGAAGGGUGUGACGCGCGUGCGCCGCGAGCUGAGUCGCCUAUUCGGCAAAACGGAAGACAAGUCAGCCAAGCAGGCCCACCAUCGCCGCAAUCAUAACCAGGGCGGCAAGGAGGUGCACCACAAGCAUCCAAAGCACAAGCCACAUAAAAGUAAGCGAGUCAACAAGCACCCACAAGGUAAUGCCCAGAAUACCGUGAAACAUUUAGCGAAGAAACACUCGAAACGACAGAGCGAUUACGAUGGCUCCGGCGAUGGUGAUGAGGAUUUUGGUACUACGCCAUUAGCGAUUUGGCGUACACAAUUCAUCAUUACAGAGCCAUGGAACGUGGCGUAUGCCGAUCACAAGAGCAAGGAAUUCCUUGAGUUGCAUCGUCAAUUAGAGAUUUCUUUCCGCGAACUUUUCCAAUCCACGCACAAUGAUGAGGACUUUGACAUCAGUCCAACAUUAUUGACAGUAAUUCAACACAAUGACAGCUUCAAGGUGUACGUCAUCGUACAGCUGGAACUGCCUGAAGAGGUCACAAAUUUCAACGAAGUGUUCGCCAAUCAAAUUGCUCGCUACAACCGUUUGGGCAAUUUGGGCGUCGAGGCCGAUAAUCGCUACUACUUUAGACUCGUGCGUGACAUGAAUGAACCACUCGAUUACGGUUAUGAUACACCAAUUGAGUAUGACGGUGAAGAUGGCGGCGUGAAUGGGAAUGACAAUGGUGCCGAAGGUGGUUUCGACGCUGAAGGUAACGGCGAAGUUAUAGAUGAAAAUGAGUUGCCUGUUACCUCCAACUACCAGUACGACUGUGAUCAUAAUCCGGAUGGCGAAUUCCAAUGCUCAGAUGGUUCACUCAUAGCUUGUGCUGACCAUUGCAACCGCUAUCCUGAUUGUCCAGAUGGAUCUGAUGAGGAGGCGGAUUUAUGCCAACCGAUAUAUGAAGAAGAGGAUCGCCGCCAAGCGGAACAAGAUCAGCGUGAGCGCGCCGAAGAAGGACAACGGCAACGCGCAGAUGAGGAACGCCGUUUAGCGGAAGAAGAGGAAGCACGCCGUCGCGCUGAAGAAGAAGAUGAAGCGUUGCGUUUAGCCGAGCGGGAGGAAGACGAACGACGACGUGCAGAAGAAGAACGUCGUUUGUACGAAGAGGCAGAAGAGCGUCGUCGCAUGGAAAAAGAAAGAGAAGGGGAGGUGAGCGGAAGUGAGAAUCAACCACAGCCAAAUGAAAAUGAUGAAGAAGAUGAACGUGCACGUGCUGAACAAGAGGAAGAGGAACGCCGCCGCGCUGAAUAUGAAGAAGAGGAGCGUCGUCGUGCCGAAGAAGAACGUAUUCGUGCUGAACAAGAAGAAGAGGAACGUCGUCGUACUGAAUAUGAAGAAGAGCGUCGUCAUGCCGAAGAUGAACGUCUACGUGCUGAACAAGAAGAAGAGGAACUCCGUCGCGCUGAAGACGAACGUCUACGUGCUGAAUAUGAAGAAGAAGAACGUCGUCGUUAUGAAUACGAACGUGGCCGAGACCCUUACGAAGAACCUGUUGACUCCGAAACACCCAUACGACCUGCACAACCCGAUGUCACUGAAGUACCUGAAGGCGUUUCUCAUGGCUCUGAUGUUGAUGAGGGUUCUGGCGACGACAUGCAUGACAUAUCGACGGAUCGCUCUACAAAUUUCACACCAUUCGGUUGCCGCGGUGAUGCUUCGUUCACUUGCGCCGAAAGCGGUGUGCAGAUAUGUGACGAACAACGUUGCGAUGAUCACGAAGACUGUCCAGAUGGUGAAGACGAAAUAGGAUGCUCCGAAGAGGAAGAAGACUAUGAAAAGGUUUGUGCCGAAUACGAAUUUAAAUGUGAUGAACGUUGUUUGCCCCGUGAGUACCUAUGCAAUGGCGCAGAGGAAUGUCUCGAUGGCUCUGAUGAGGCGAACUGCCCAACCGUGGAAGCGAAAGAAUGCUCAUCGAAUGAGUACAGAUGUCGUGCCGGCAAUUGCAUUGACAGUGCGCGUCGCUGUGAUCGCGUGCGUGACUGCCCCGAUGGCGAUGAUGAGGACGCCAGCUGCCUUAUCGGUUGCCGCGAGGACGAAUACCUUUGCAGGGAUGGCCAACGCUGCAUUAGCAGCACGAAGGUUUGCGAUCGCGUGACCGACUGCAUAGGCGGUGACGAUGAGGACCAAUGUGAAGGCAGUGGUGAGUCCGAAUGCAGAUACAACGAAUUCCAAUGCGACAACGGUCAGUGCAUACCGAUGCGUGAGUUAUGCGAUAAUAUCUAUGAUUGCGUAGAUUAUUCAGAUGAGAAGGAUUGUGCUAUUGAGGAUAUUGAGCGGAACAUCUUCGACGAGGAUGAAAUCAUACGCGAAUACGCGCCACACCAGCGCAAACCCGCCCCGACAGAGGGACCCUCGCUCGAUGGUCUGGACGCGCAAGAGUACUACCUCGUUCAGCAGAACCUCUAUCAAAAGGCCAGCGCGCGGAAUCCCUGCAACAGUCAGCAAUUCAGGUGUGGCAACAAUGUUUGCAUACCAUUGCAACUGCGUUGCGACGGUUUCUACCACUGCAAUGAUAUGACGGACGAGUAUGGCUGCGAUCAGUACAAUGCCGAUAAGCGUCGCACCACAGCGCGGCCCUCCAAUUUGAUGCGGACGACGGAGGCUGGACAGAUGAUACCAUGGUGGCGCACCACGGCUGCCACAACAACGCCGCGACCAACAGCUGGUAGAUGGAACACGACGUUCCCAACCACAACGCGUAUUGCUACCACCGUAGCGCCUAGCUACAACAAUACAUGUCUCGAGAAUAUUGAGUUUACGUGCCAAAAUGGCGAUUGCAUUCCAAUCGAGAGCGUUUGCGAUGGCACAGCUGAUUGCGCGCGUCGCGAAGACGAGGACUAUAAUUUGUGCACCUGCAGCAACGACAAGUGGAAAUGUUUGCACGGCGGCGGUUGCAUACCGAAAACGCAAGUCUGCGAUGGCAAACGACAGUGCAAGGAUGGCAGCGACGAAAGUAUUUGUCAUUUUCAUGCUAAAUAUAAUAAGACACGCAUUGCCAAUGAAUGCCUUAGCUUUCAGUAUCAAUGCGCCGAUGGUAUCUGCAUUUCGGGUUACAAACGCUGCAACGGCAUUACCGAUUGCGUUGAUGGUUCCGACGAAAUAAAUUGCCCGUUGAAUUACGAUGACGCAAAUUACGAUUUCGAACCGGAUCCAGCGCUCAGCGAAUGUGAUAUUUAUGAAUUUGAGUGCGACUACUCGCUGUGUAUACCGAUCGAAAAGAGAUGCGACGGUUAUCCGGACUGCAAUGACGAGACCGAUGAAUUUAACUGCCCGCCGUUUACAGCAUGGACGGGCAACGCGCGGCCACUAUUACCAGCGCCAACAACACCAACAAUACUCGAUUGCCCGCCACUCAAAAUCCGCUGCAACAGCACCUGCGUCGAUUGGAGCCUGCAAUGCGAUGGCAAAAUCGAUUGCGACAAUGGGUUUGACGAACGAGAUUGUAAUGUACGUGAAAACGAAAUAAUAUUGCCCAUAUCAAAUAAAACCUGCCGCGGCUACCAGUGGCAAUGCGACAACUUCGAGUGCAUUAAUAGAAAUUAUCUGUGUGACGGGCGCGAAGAUUGCACUGACGGAUCGGAUGAGUCGCCCAAGCAAUGCCGAAAAGAGGAAGCCAUUCGCCACUCACCGGAAGACUGUUCGGCGGAUCAAUUCUUCUGCGACGAUGAAUGCCACCACGGAUCGAUACGCUGUAACGGUUAUAGCGAUUGCACUGACGGCAGCGAUGAGAUCAACUGCAUGUCUUAUCCACCUACGCGAAGGCCUGUGCCGAUCUACCCAUGUCCGAUACACACCUGCCCGAAUGGCAAAUGCUACUCGGAGAGCGAACGUUGCGAUGGCUCACGCGACUGUGACGACGGUGCCGAUGAGGCAAAUUGCUGUGCCGCCAAUCAGUUCCGCUGCCGUAACGGUGAUUGUGUUUCGGGCAGUGCUUAUUGCAAUGGUUAUCGUGAUUGUCGCGACGGCUCGGACGAGGAGGACUGCUCGGAGCCCAGCUAUGAUGCGGGACGCGGUUGCUCCGUUUCGCAGUUCCGUUGCAGCAACGGGCAGUGUAUCAAUGCGGCGGCGCGUUGUGACGGCUACACCGAUUGUGCCGACAGUUCGGAUGAGCUUUCGUGCAGAGUUCCAGACGCAUCACCGUCCAAUCCACAAUUGAAUCUGAGGACCUACCCUGAUAGUCAAAUUAUCAAAGAAAGUCGUGAAGUCAUCUUCCGUUGUCGUGACGAAGGUCCAGUGCGCGCCCGUGUCAAAUGGACCCGCCCUGGCGGUCGCCCACUGCCAAUAGGUUCACGAGACAAUGGCGAUGGUCGUCUGGAGAUUCCAAACAUUCGCUCUGAGGACUCUGGUCAAUAUAUUUGUGAAGCUGCUGGCUAUCCCCGUCAUGUGCCUGGACAACAAGUUACCGUACAUUUGACCGUUGAAAAAUCCAAUCCCACGAACGACCGACCCCCCACAGCUUGUCGCGCAAACCAGGCUACUUGUCGGAACAACGAAUGUAUCGACAAAUCUCAAAUCUGUGACGGCAUCCCACACUGUUCGGACGGUUCUGAUGAAGAGAGCUGUAGCCACGGCCUCAAAUGUCAGCCCAAUCAGUUCAUGUGUCGCAACUCGCGUUGUAUUGAUCGCAUCUGGCGCUGUGACGGUGAAGACGAUUGCUUCGACAACUCCGAUGAAGAUAGCUGCGAUCCCGAGCCAAGUGGUGCGCCAUGCCGCUAUGACGAAUUCCAAUGCCGCAGUGGCCAUUGCAUUCCCAAAAACUUCCAGUGUGACGACACAAAUGAUUGUAUCGAUGGUACCGAUGAAAUCGGUUGCAUGGCUCCUGCUCCAAUUCGUCCACCACCACCUUACAUUCGCCUGCAACAAGGUGAUCCAUUGAAUUUGACUUGUGUGGGUACCGGUGUACCAGUGCCACUGAUCGUCUGGCGUUUGAACUGGGGUCACGUACCCGAAAAAUGUGUCGCAAAGAGCCACGCUGGCACCGGCACACUCUACUGCCCCGAUAUGGAUACUCAGGACCAAGGUGCCUACUCUUGUGAAAUACUCAACUCGAAGGGACGCAACUUUGUGACUCCCGAUACUCAGGUGACCGUCGAUGCUCGUGAACAUGUGGAUGUUUGUCCCGCUGGCUUCUUCAACAUGCUCGCUCGUCGCCAAGAUGAAUGUAUCAACUGCUUCUGCUUUGGCAUAUCGAAGUCUUGUAAGAGCGCUAAUCUCUACAACUUUGCCAUCCAACCGACAAUAAUUUCGCACAAGGUCAAGAACGUUGAACUUAACCCAUACAGUGACAUUAUCAUCAACGAUGCACAAUCGCCCGAUAUUCUCAGUCAUCAUCAUGGCGUGCAGUUCCGCGUAUCCGAUGUGGGAUAUAAUAGUCGCGAGCAGCCGUAUUUGGCGCUGCCUAACGAAUACAUGGGCAACCAGCUAAAGUCUUAUGGCGGCUAUCUGCGCUAUGAGGUUAACUACAUGGGUAAUGGACGCCUCAACCAGGCCCCAGAUGUCAUAAUCACUGGAAAUGGAUUUACGCUCACACAUCGCGUACGCAGUCAACCAGAACCAAACGUCAACAACAAGAUCUCAGUACAAUUUAACUCUGGAAACUGGUACAAGACUGACGGGCGUCGUGCUACACGCGAAGAGAUUAUGAUGGUUUUGGCUAAUGUGGACAACAUCCUCAUACGCUUGAGUUACAUUGACGCCACUGAACGUGAAGUAGAGCUCACCAAUAUUGUAAUGGACUCAGCUGGUCUGGACGACCAAGGUUUGGGCUCAGCUUCAUUGGUCGAAAAAUGCGCCUGUCCACCCGGUUACGUUGGUGACUCUUGCGAAUCUUGUGCGCCUGGUUAUGUACGCGAGAAGUAUGGUCCUUGGUUGGGCCGCUGCGUACCGUUCGUUCCGGAGCCUUGCCAACCUGGUACCUAUGGCGAUCCCGGUCGUGGCAUACCAUGCCGUCAAUGCCCAUGCCCACAAACUGGCGCCAAUAACUUUGCCAGCGGUUGUCAACUCAGCCCUGACGGUGAUGUUACCUGCAACUGCUACGAGGGGUACACAGGCAGACGUUGUGAGAUCUGCGCACCUGGCUACCAAGGCAACCCGCUGAUCCCAGGUGGCAGCUGCCACCGCAUACCAGAGAGCACAUGUAACGCCGAGGGCACUUACUAUCCACAUCCUAACGGCACAUGCGAGUGUAAGCCACUGGUGGUCGGCCCACGUUGCGACACCUGCGCACCUGAAUCCUUCCAUUUGAAUGCUUUCACUUAUACCGGUUGCAUUGAGUGCUUCUGCAGUGGUCUGACAAAACAAUGUUCCAGCAGCAGUUGGUAUCGUGACCAGGUAUCUUCGAACUUUGGACGCUCUCGCGCACCGCACGGUUUCAACCUUAUUCGAGACUACGAAACCUCUCAACCAUCCCAAGUUAGCUUCCAACAGGCCAAUAGUGCGCUACAAUUUAGUCAACAAUCCACCUCUGAUCCGCUCUACUGGAGCCUGCCAGCGCCAUUCCUUGGCGACAGGAUCACUGCCUACGGCGGUAAACUCUCCUACAAUCUCAGCUACAACCCACUGCCAGGCGGACUUAUGUCCCGCAACAACGCACCCGAUGUGGUUAUCAAGAGCGGUGAAGACUUGACAAUUAUUCACUACCGUAAAGCGGGCGUAAACCCCAACCAACCCAGCUCUUACUCUGUGCCGAUUAUCGAAAGCGCCUGGCAGCGUUCCGACGGACAAGUGGUCAAUCGCGAACACUUGUUGAUGGCGCUUUCGAAGAUCGAUGCGAUCUACAUCAAGGCCACUUACACCACCAGCACGAAGGACGGUCAGCUUACGCACGUUUCGCUUGACAUUGCUACACAGAACAACAUCGGUACACAACGCGCUUUCGAAGUGGAGGAAUGCCGCUGUCCAGUAGGCUACAUUGGUUUAUCCUGCGAGCGGUGUGCACCUGGCUACAAACGUGACACUGAGGCCGGUCUCUAUUUGGGUGUCUGCGAACCAUGCGAUUGCAAUGGACACUCAAACCAAUGCGAUGCUGAAACUGGUGUUUGUAUGAAUUGCGACCAUAAUACCGCCGGCGAGUUCUGCGAGCGCUGCGCACCUGGAUAUAAUGGUAAUGCCUCCGGUAGGACGCCAUACGACUGCUCACCUGAUAGUGGACCAAGCCCCUACCCACCACCAGCACCGGGCAAUCAGACACAAUGCAGUUACUGUAACCGCGAUGGUACUGUGUCUUGCGACGGCGGCUACUGUGCCUGUAAACCUAAUGUAGUGGGUCCAUACUGCGACCAGUGCCGACCAGGCACGUAUGGCCUCUCCGAACGCAACCCCGACGGCUGCGAAGAAUGCUACUGCUCCGGCAAGAGCAGCCGUUGCAACUCUGCUUCCCUGUACCGCCAACUCAUACCUGUCGACUUCAUCAGCAGUCAGCCAUUGAUCACAGAUGGCGAAGGCAAUAUUGUGGACACUGAAAAUCUAAGCUUCGACCUACCCACCAACAUGUACACCUACAGCUUCACUUCGUACACGGAGAAAUACUGGAGUCUGCGCGGCUCUGUACUAGGCAACCAGCUCUACUCAUAUGGCGGACAUCUAUCCUACGCUCUAGAUGUGGACUCAUAUGGCCACUAUGAACCAGGAACUGAUGUCAUACUCAUUGGAAAUGGCAUGAAAUUGCUCUGGUCGAGAUCUAGCGAUGAACAAGAAGACACCGAGUACCGCGUGCGCUUGCAUGAAGACGAAAACUGGCUACGCAACGAGCGCGGCCACUCAGUGCGUGCCUCGCGUUUGGAUAUAAUGAGCGUACUAGCCAACCUUGAGCACAUAUUGAUACGUGCCACACCCAAAAUACCAACCACACGCACUAGCAUACGCGACGUAAUACUCGAAUCCGCCGUGGAGCAUCGCACACCCGACGCGCAACUGGCCGUCGAAGUAGAGGUCUGCAGCUGCCCCGCCGGCUACUCAGGCAACUCGUGCGAAAAGUGCGAACCACUACACUACAAGGACAGUUAUGGCAGCUGCGUGGCAUGCCCGUGCCGCGAAGACACCACCGUCGGCUGCAGCCUACAAAACAAUGGCGAAGUGCUCUGCCAGUGCAGAUCAGGCUACUCCGGCCAACAGUGUCAAAUUGAUGUUAAAGCAAAUAAAAACGAAAGCUCUGAAAAAUCAACACUCAUUGACAAACCGGAUAGUCUAGUGUGCGUCUGCUGCAAUGACUAUCACGUGGACCUCGUGCCAAAUGUCACAAUCGCAUACAAUGAAACACUGCAGUUGUUUAGGGGUAACCGAAAAAUAGGCAACAUUACGAAACUACGACUCGACUGCAAUCGGCGAGAUGACUAUGAACGCCCUACUCAGGCGUCACCAACACCCGCGCCACAACCCGACUACAAAACGCAAAUUACCGUCUCGAUUGCACCACCUGAGAUUACCAUCAUACCGAUUGGGGGCUCACUGACGUUGUCGUGCACCGGUCGCAUGGCCUGGAGUGGCGUACCCGUCUUCGUGUCUUGGUCGAAGCUCAAUGGUCGCCUGCCAUAUAACGCCGAAGAGGAUGGCGGUGUCUUGCGUUUGUAUGACCUGCAAAUCUAUGACUCCGGUGUGUACAUCUGUCGCGCAGUGAACAACCAGACGCAGCGCGUUUUCGAAGAUCAGAUUUCCAUCACAAUAACAGAGGAUUCUCAACGUACACCGUCACAGAUCAUCAACCUGCCACAAGUCAUUUCCUUCGAGGAGUACCAGCCCAACGAGAUUUACUGCGAAGUUAACGGUCAUCCUACGCCAACUGUCACCUGGACGCGCGUCGACGGUCAAAUGUCCCUCGAAGCUCACACAGAUGGCUCCCGUUUGAUCUUCGAUGCACCACGUAAAUCCGACGAGGGCAGAUAUCGCUGCCAGGCCACCAACGAAAUCGGCAUCGAUGAGAAGUACACGCAAGUGUAUGUACACAUUGCGCCACCCCAACCACCUCCGCCACCACGUGAACUUGUCUACAUCGAUCCGCCAUCGUACACUGGCGAAACGGGUGAUAUCGUGCGUCUCACCUGCCAGCCAACCACUUCUAUCUUGCUCGUUUACGAGUGGAAUAAAGACGGUUAUCCAGUGUACCGCCAGCGCAACGUUAUCAUCAGUGGCAAUACGAUUGAGAUCCGCGAGUCCACGCCCCGCGACUCCGGUCUCUACACUUGCAUAGGCAUUGAUCAACGCGGACGACGCAACUACACCAACGACGCGCAGGUAGUGAUCGAAGAUAGUUCAUAUUCCGUACCAGGACCUCAGCCAGGACCACUGCCGGGCACUAUUGCACCCGUUGUAAAGCGUUUGCCAGAUGAGAACCAUAUCGUGCAGGGUCAAGAUUUCUCCAUUACUUGUGAGGCCACCGGCUCGCCCUACCCCAACAUCAAAUGGACUAAGGUUCAUGAAGCGCUCGCUGACAAUGUGCAACAAACCGGUAACGUUUUGCGCAUCAUAAACGCGCGUCCUGAGAACCGCGGCAUGUAUCUGUGUAUCGCUGAGAAUGUUGCUGGAUCUCAUGAAUCGAACACUAUUAUUGAUGUUGAACCACGUGAAAGCCCUUCCGUCGAUAUACAUCCACCUGAGCCGCAAACGGUAAAUGUGGGCACCGAAGCGAUGCUUUACUGCAGUGCCACUGGCAUACCCGAUCCCAGCGUACAGUGGCGUCGCGUCGACGGCAAACCGUUAUCACCACGUAGCAAGGAAAUCAGCGCCGGUUACAUUAUCAUCGGAAAUAUUCAAGUAGAAGACUCUGGUGAUUAUGAGUGUGUCGCAAAGAACGACGUUGGACGCGCGACUGGCAUACAAUCAGUACGCGUUUUGGUGCCACCAGUGAUAACUCUAGAGCCAAGCGAUGAAGUUCUGAGCUUAACUGAAGGUGAUGAACUCAAGGUGGUCUGCACCGCCACUGGCGUACCCAGCCCAACUGUGCAAUGGGUGGACGAGAGUACCGAAUUCACGCGUGCCUCCCUGCCGACCAGUCCACAAUACAACGAGGCCUUCCUGGAGAAAUAUCGCAUCGACCGCAAUGAUGCCAAAUCGUACAAGUGCAUCGCAAGCAACGAAGCAGGCACUGCGGAGAGCUACAUCUCUGUGGAUGUACGUCCACGCCGCGGCGAUGCGUCCAACGACAGCGAUGUGAUUCGGAAUCCACAAUAUCCAUAUCCGUACCAACCACAACCACCCCCACAAUACCCACCAACGCGUCAGCCAGGCUACGGUCCACCGCAAAACAUUUAUCGCGCCAAUGAAGGCGACGCCGUCACACUCACCUGUGACUUGAAUAACGUACCGAACCUGUCAACACGUUGGGAGCGUGUGGAUGGCCGUCCACUGCCAGAUAACUCAUACUUCGAACGCAACAGUCUGAUCAUCAAACGUGUCGAGGAGCAGAACAGCGGCAAGUACCGCUGCAAUGCAUUGGACAACCGCGGCGCUGUUGUGACAUUCGUCAUCGCCGAGCUGGUUUUAGUGCCCAUUCCACACAUCACAUUCCACCCCAAGAUGCCCAUCUUGGUGGCGCCGAAUGACAACAUCGACAUCUACUGUGAAGUCACUGGUGAACAGCCCAUCGACGUCGCCUGGCACACGGACAACAACCGACCACUCACUGACUCCGUGCGUAUAGAUGGGCAAUACUUGCGCUUCGUCUCCAUUACCCCAGCUGAUGCGGGCCGCUACUACUGCUCGGCCUCGAAUCGCUACGGCAACACCACCAACAUGGCCGAAGUGGUCGUGAACCGUAAUGGAGCCUAUCAGCCAGCACCGCGCGCUCAAGUCUAUGACAUUCCCGAGGGUGAAGAUGUGACGCUGCAGUGUGAUGUGCAGAGCGCGCGCGAACCUAUACGGGGCGAAAUAAGAUACGAAUGGCGUCGCCAAGAUGGUCGCCCGCUGCCACGCAGUGCUCUGAUCCGCGAUCAACGACUCUACCUGCGCGGUGUGCUGAAACAGGAUGAAGGCCGUUACGUCUGCGAGUCAUAUUCGACUGGCGGCGGCCGUUCACAGUCAUCAUUUGUAGAUCUGAAUAUCAAGCGAGGUUACAGCUUAAGUGAGGUCCCAUGCGUGAUAUUCUAUUUCUGUACAGAUUUCAAACCCACCAAAGCGCUGGUCUCCAAGCCGCCAAAGCGUCUUUCCUACGCCUGCCAGCCGAGCGAUUUUAAAUGCGUGUCGCAUCCGCACACCUGCAUCAAAGCCUCAAUGGUCUGCGACGGCAUACACGACUGCACCGAUCACUCGGACGAGUUCAAUUGUACGCCACCAGCGCCACCACCGCCAACGACACUGAAGCUUUCCACUUCGACUACACUGGCGACUGCGCGGCCAACAGCCACGGCAACGCCUCAACCGGUGCCGCUGUCCGCGCCAUCAUCCCAGAAGCCAUCGCACAAGCCGAGCUACAAGCGCUGGAAGAAACGCCACAGCGGCCACAAGGAGCGACGCAGCAAUCACACGCACACGCAUAAACGCAAACAGCGGCUGCGGCUGAAAAAGCGACGCCACCUGCUGUCAACGCCUGUUUUCCGCCCACUCGCAGCGGCAGCGCCAAUAAUACCACAGCCGCUACCGGAGCGUCCCACCCCACCUCCUCAGCAGCAGACACGCCCACGCGAUUUAAGCCUAAAGCUGGACCAACAGUCAUCGCAGCUCCGCAUCGGUGAAUCGACAGAGGUUGAAUGUUACUCUUCGGACAGCAGCUACACAGAUGUCAUUUGGGAGCGUGCAGAUGGCUCACCACUACCACCGCACAUACAGCAAAUCGGCAAUCGCCUCAUCAUUUCACAUGUCUCCGCUUCCGACGCGGGUAACUAUGUCUGCAAGUGCAAGACCGACGAGGGCGACCUGUAUACCACUAGCUACGAAUUAGGCAUCGAAGAGUGGCCGCACGAAUGGAAGCGCCCGAAGUUGGUGCACGCCAGUGUUGGUUCCACUGCUCAAUUGAACUGCGACGCCGAAAUACCGGGCAGCUAUCGUUGGUCUCGUCAGUACGGACAAAUGCAAGCCGACCGCGUUCUAUUCAAUGAACGCCUUGAAUUGCAAGAUGUCCAAGCGAAUGACGCCGGCACUUAUAUUUGCACGUCGAGUACACCUGAUGGACAGUCGAUCGACUAUCCCACCAUACUUGUAGUUACUGGCGCCAUCCCACAGUUCCAUCAGGAACCCAUCAGUUAUAUGUCCUUCCCCACACUGCCCGAGUCGUACAUUAAGUUUAACUUUGAUAUCACAUUCCGACCCGAACAAGGCAACGGUCUGUUGCUGUUCAACGGACAAAAGCGCGGCAGCGGUGACUAUAUCUCACUGUCGCUGAAAGACCGCUAUCCCGAAUUCCGCUUCGACUUCGAUGGCAAACCGUUGGUUAUACGCGCCGAACGUCCAGUCUCACUCAAAGAAUGGCACACGAUACGCGUUAAUCGCUUCCGCCGCGAUGGCUAUAUGCAGGUCGAUGAUCAGCAUCCAGUUGCAUUCCCCACACAAGCGCAGAUCUCUCCGCUGGAUCUAAUCGAAGAUUUGUUCAUCGGUGGCGUGCCUAACUGGGAUAUGCUGCCGCUUGACGCCAUCGACCAACAAGUCGGCUUUGUUGGUUGUAUUAGCCGACUCACGCUUCAGGGUACAAUUGUUGAAUUAAUGAAGGAGGCCAAACUGAAAGAGGGCGUCACUGCUUGCCGUCCGUGUCAACAAAACCCAUGCAAAAAUGGCGGCAUCUGUUUGGAGAGUCAAACUGAAACGGCGUACACUUGUAUCUGCCAACAGGGUUGGACCGGAAAUAACUGCGGCGUCGAGGGCACACAGUGCACUCCCGGCAUUUGUGGUAGUGGACGUUGUGAGAACACUGAGUUCGGCAUGGAAUGCCUUUGUCCAUUGAACAAGACCGGCGAUCGUUGUCAAUAUAUUGAGCAUCUGAAUGAAAACAGCUUGGCAUUCAAACUCAACAGCUACGCAGCUUACCCCACACCACGCGCUUCCAAACUGAAUGUCAAAUUCAAAGUACGACCAAACUCGUUGCAAGACGCCGUACUCCUCUACGCCGCGGAAUCAAAACUACCCAGCGGCGACUUCAUUGCUGUCUUGCUACAUGACAAACACGUGGAACUGAUUAUAAAUACCGGCGCACGUCUAAACCCUAUAUUGGUACGUUCGCAGAAUCCACUGCCAAUAAACAAAUGGACCGAAAUUGAAGUGUCACGCCGUUUCGGCGAAGGCAUUUUGCGCGUUGGCAAUGAGCCAGAGCAGCGGGCGAAGGCGACUAAAUUGGCACGCAUUCUGUACAUAAAGACACCGCUAUACCUGGGAGGCUACGAUCACGAAAAUAUUAAACUCAACCGUGACGUGAAUAUCACACAAGGCUUCGAUGGUUGCAUCUCGGGCUUGUUCGAAGGCCAACGACAGAUCAAUCUUAUUGCCGACAUCCAUGACGCGGCGAACAUCCAGAACUGUGGUGAAAUCAAUGAGAUCGAUCAGAAUGAAUCGUUCGACAACUACGAGCACGAAGCGACAAAUAUCCAACAAGCGUCAGGCAAACCAAUUGAAUCGCCGAGUGAAAAGGAGGACCAACAAGUAGACGCAUGCGCGAGUGAUCCAUGUGAAAAUGGCGGCAGUUGCAGCGUGCACAAUGGCGAGGCCGUAUGCGCGUGUACAAUUGGCUUCACCGGAAAGCACUGUGAAGAACACAUAACUAUCGAAUACGAUGCCAACUUCCAUGGCAACGGCUACCUUGAAGUAGAUCGCAAUCAAUUCAACUCAGACGUCGACCAAAAAUACUCAUUUGCAGCAAUGGUCUUCUCCACAACCGAUCCAAAUGGUCUGCUGCUUUGGUGGGGUCAGAAAAAGGACGAGGAAUACACCGGACAAGACUUCAUGGCGUUAGCCAUAGUCGAUGGCACUGUGGAAUUCUCGUUUCGUCUCAACGGCGAAGAAACCGUCAUACGCAAUCCGGACAAACGCAUCGACGAUGGACGUCGCCACAUUGUGUUGAUCAAACGCACGGACAAUACUGCCAUACUGGAGCUGGACCAUCUAUUGGAUGCCGGCGAAACACGUCCGACCGGCAAGGACAAGAUGAGUCUACCAGGACAUGUGUUCAUUGGUGGCACCCCGGACGUUGCCAAAUUCACUGGCGGCCGCUACACCAAGAACUUCAACGGCUGCGUGCGCGUCGUAGAGGGUGAUGCGCACGGCUUAAUACAACUGGGCACAGCGGCCAUUAGUGGCAAGAAUGUCGACAUAUGUCCGCAAGCCGACGACGAGUCUCUUGGCACCGAACCACCAGUCGUUUGAACGUAGCUUUUAAAUAUUAUAUAUACAUUUUUUUAUAAAUAUAAAUUCUUCUUAAGUUACAACACAGAACCACACAAAUGCGCGCACACACACACAAAACACAGAUAAUUUAAUGGAUUCGAAAGCUAACAACAAAAAAUGCAGAUUAAACGAAAAGCACGUCGAGUCCAACUCAUUCGGUAUUCUACGCUUUUAAUUUUUUUGUUUUUUUUUUUGUUCUACUCUCAUUUUGUAACAGAUUUUAACUUAAGCGCACAACAACAAUACAACAAAGCUAAUUUUAAUGAAACUUGUGUCAUAUAUUUUGCAAUAAUUUCUUAAUUUGUAAGUUUAAUUUUUUCGAAGAAAACUGAUUCCAAAUACCAAAAAGUCGACAACUUUCAAAAACUGCCCAGCGCCGCCACUCGUUUUUUUUCACUGCGUUAAUUUUGUUCGUUCAAAAUUUUGUGACGUACAAGCGGAAAUUUCUUUUAGUUUUAAUUAACUUAGAGUUAAAUAAAAACAUUAAAAAUAACCCAUAAAACUAAUGCGAAAAUAUUAUCUGUAAAUUGAUGUUAGUCACGCGUACAUAAACAAUAUUUUUCUGUUCAUUUUCGCGGCUGAGUUGCCCCGUGGCAAGGAAAGGAUUAAAGGAAAGGAUUGAAGUGGUAAAGAAACAUAUUUAAUUUGAAUUAAAGUUUUAGUUUUGGAAUUUAAUGCUCAAAUUAUUAUUUUUUAACUACGUUAUAGUUUGAAUGUGAACUUUUAGUAAAAAGUUAUAGUUUUUGACCUCAACAUAAAAUGUACGCCAGUCUAAUAUUAUAAUAAUUAAUACUAAUGCAUUAAAACACUUCAAAGUAAUAAUUAAUUUUUCUACUUAUAUUUGUAUGUAAAUGAAAAAAACAAAAAGCAAAAAACAAAAAACAAAAACGAAACUAAAAGGAAAAAGAAAAUCGAUACGACUAUCGUUAUGUAUGGCAAAUAAUUGUAUAAAGCGUUAAUAAGUAAAUAAAUAAUUAAUAUUAAUAAUAAAAGUAAAAAACAAAUAAAUGAACAGCGACUAAAAAUAAACGAAAUAAAUCUUUGCAUUGAAAUGUGCAAGUAUAAAA